GGAAACCCGGCUGCCGGUGAGGGUCGUCAUGUUAAAUUUAAGCAUGCCUCCUGCACUUGAGCCUCGUUGGUCCCCUGUUGCCUUUUCAACGAGCCGCAAGUCAACUCGAGAUGCGAGUGCCUGUCCUUGAAAACAACGCCGAGGCCGCCUUGGGCUUGGAGGCCCCGAGCAAAGAAGGAAGCAGAGACUCGGAAGAGAGGGAGAGAGAUAUCGUCGGUUGGGAAGGCCCUGACGACCCUGCAGACCCGUUUAAUUGGCCGAAUGGUCGCAAAUGGCUCAUUACUUGCUUUGGCUGCUUCGUUACGUUCAUCGUUGGCAUCCAGAGCACCGCUAUGACAGCUGCCGUCGAACCAAUGAACGAAUACUUUAAAGUCAGUGAUGCGAAUUUCGCAAACUCGUAUUGGCCUAUCACAGCCUGGACGGUGUCAGCGGGUCUCGUGCCUCUAGUUGGCCUACCGCUGAUGGAGACUUUUGGUGUCAGACCGGGGUAUAUGCUGUCUUAUAUUAUAUUUUUCAUCUUCAUCAUCCCGCAAGCGGUUGCCCAAAACUAUGCGACACUGAUCGUCACCCGCGUCUUCUCUGGCGGGUUUGCGGGCAUCCUGGAGAACAUCAUUGGUGGCAUCAUCAGUGAUAUCUGGAAAGGCGAACGGGCAAGAAGCAUCCCGGUGGCCAUGUAUAUCUGGGCAUACGAAGCGGGAAUUAUGAUUGGCCCGGCUAUAGGUGGUGUAAUCAUUCAACAUUUACAUUGGAGAUGGAUAUUCUAUAUCCAACUCAUCAUCUACGGCUCUUUCUUUCCAGUGGCAUACUUAGUAAUCCCUGAGACUCGCAGUACAGUCAUCCUCCAGCGUAAAGCACGCCAAAUCCGUGCCGCAACAGGCAAGCCCGUCUAUGCGCAAAGCGAGCUUGACCACCCCGGCUUGAAAGCUUUGAUAUGGGAAGCCGUUGGCCGUCCGGUGUAUAUGCUCUGCACCGAGUACGUUGUGUUUUCGUUCACGCUGUGGUCAGCCUUUUGCUUCGGCAAUGCCCUUCUCUUCACCCAGUCCGUCGCUCAGGUCUACACGGAGCUGUACGACUUCACCGCGCCACAGACAGGCUACGUGCAAUUAGCCCUUGUCAUUGGCGUCACCAUCGGCUUCGUCAUGCAGCUGCCUGCCAACAACUGGUACUACAAGUCCGCGGCUCGCAACACCGAGGAGCCUGGUCGCUACAUACCCGAAGCGCGGCUCUACCUCGCCAUCCCGGGCAGCUUCAUCGGGCUCGCAGGAGGCUUCUUCGUUUACGCAUGGACGUCGUACGGGUUCGUGCACUGGAUGGGGCCGACGAUCGGCCUCGGGCUUGUCGGCAUCGGCAUUUUCAUCGUCGUCAACGCCGUCAGUUGCUACGUGGAAGACGCGUAUGAAAAGUACGCCGCGUCGGUGCUCGGGGCCGUCGCGUUUGGCGAGAACAUGUUCGCGGCCUUUUUGCCGCUGGCGGAGAUGAGCAUGUACACGAACCUGGACUUUCGUUGGGCGAGCACCCUGUUGGCGUUUUUGGCGCUGUUGUUGAGUUUGGCGCCUGUCGUGCUGAUUUUCUAUGGGAGAACUAUUAGAGAUAGGAGUCCGUUUAUUCGGGAGGCGAGGCAUGAGCAUAGAGAUUAGUUUGGAUUAGAUGUACCUGGGGUAGCUGGUAGCUGGCCUGCAGUCUGUGGAACAAAAAGUAGCUAAUUAUGAUAGAGAGCAGUGUUGGUGGCGAU